AUGCUGAAUGGGACAAAUUUUAAGAUCUGGAAGGAAGCCGUAGAAAUUGUUCUUGGUUGUAUGGAUUUGUAUUUGGCACUCAGAAUGAAACAACCCACUUCCACUCCGGAAGCCUCCAAUGAGGUAAAAUUUGAGAAAUGGGAUCGUUCCAAUCGAAUGUACAUUAUGAUUAUGAAGCGCUCUAUUCCAGAAGUGUUUCAGGGCUUUAUUUCUGAGGGUGAAAAUGCAAAGAAAUUUAUUGAUGAAAUUGAACAGUACUUUGUCAAAAAUGAGAAGGUGGAGACGAGUAACCUUUUGGCUAAACUCAUCUCCAUGAAGUAUAAGGGCAAAAGUAACAUAAGGGAGUACAUAAUGGAAAUGUCUAACUUGACAUCUAAACUGAAAGCACUUAAGUUAGAGCUCGGUGAAGACUUGCUUGUGCAUUUAGUUUUGAUCUCACUUCCUGCACACUUUGGGCAAUUCAAAGUGAGUUAUAACACUCGGGAGGACAAAUGGUCCCUUAAUGAGCUUAUAUCUCACUGUGCAAGAGGAAGAGAGGCUGCUGAGAGAUAG